GGCUGGGAGGAAGAGGAGGAGGAGGAGGAGGAGGAGGAGGAGAGACAGCAGCAUGCCAGAGCCCGGCUGCAUCUCUCACACCGCAUUUGAGGGCAAAUCUGCUCUCGACUCUCAGCCUGCCCUGCGCCGCCGACAAGGAGAGACACAAUGGACUGACGGAACACCAACACAGAGACGCAGGGAGAGAGACACACACACAGAGAGAGUGAGAGGGAGAGAGGGAGAGAAACGCCGCCUUGUUUUUGAAUGAUACACAUAUUCUGUGGACAUCCUCGGGUUCAUAUAUGUGCAGAGCUGGACGGAUCGAGUGACCGACUCUGAAACAGAGGAGAUGCCAGAGAGAGGCAGUGAUCGCAGCAGGAUGCUCCGAUGUGAGCGCGUCUUAAUAUUAGUAUUAUUAUUGCAGCGCAUCUCCUGUAAGAUGGACGAGACAUAUUGGGGCUAAAGGACUUUGCGGAGGAAAAAAAGAUGUUUUGCAACUGCUGCGGGCUGUUCCAGAGGAUCAAUGCCUUCCUUGGCUUGUAAUAUGUAGCUCGGACGACAAAAACAGAGAGCGUGUGCAGCUGUUUUCUCAGCUAGUGGACUGGAGCAUCGGAGCAUCGGAGCUCCGUGUUGUGUAGUGGUGUUGUGACCGCCCAGCAGCAACCUUCCUCCCACCUUGACUCCUCCAUGUGAUGCCCCGCUAGAAGAAGCAGCACUCCGGAGCUGUCCGCGGUGCUGAUCGGGUCUCCACGAGUUGACCUUAAAGGAUAAAAUCCUCCUCCUCCUCCUCCUCCUCCUCCUACCGCAGUUAACGCACAGAGAGAGGUGGCAGAGCAGGCCACCGCACAUGGACAGCUGCUGGGCUUGACUGAGUCACAGCCAGACAAUCUCCUCUUUUUUCAUGGCUGUGGCACGCAAAAUCAAAACUUUGCUGACCGUCAACAUCCUGGUGUUCGUGGGGAUUAUCCUGUUCUCGGUCUACUGCCGGAUCCAGGACCGAUCCGAGGAGCUCAUCCAGAUAGGGCGGAUGUCCGACCAGAGGCUGCGAGCCAGGAAUGGAAAAGUUUCCAACUUGGUGGACAGGCAGUCUAUUCUCCAGAGGCUGGAGAGGCUGGAGGAUGUGGUCUACAAUCAGUUAAACGGUUUGGCGAAGCCCAUGGGGCUAGUUGAGGGGCCCGGAGGCCUCGGCCAGGGGGGAGCUGCUGCCACUCUGGGAGAGGACAGUCAUGAUGCCGAGGGGAAAUACGAGGAGUACGGCUACAACGCUCAGCUCAGUGACCGCAUCUCACUGGACAGGAGCAUCCCCGACUACAGGCCUAAAAAGUGUAAGCUGUUGACGUACGCAGAGGACCUCCCUCAGAUCUCUGUGGUCUUCAUCUUCGUGAACGAGGCCCUGUCAGUGAUCCUGCGCUCCGUCCACAGUGUGGUCAACCACACACCAGCACACGUGCUCAAGGAGAUCAUCCUGGUGGACGACAACAGUGACAGCGUGGAGCUGAAAUUCAACUUGGACCAGUAUGUGAACAAACGCUACCCGGGCCUGGUAAAGAUCGUGAGGAACAGCAAGCGGGAGGGCCUGAUCCGAGCCAGAAUACACGGCUGGAACGCCGCCACGGCUCCUGUCGUCGGCUUCUUUGAUGCCCACGUCGAGUUCAACACUGGCUGGGCUGAACCUAUUCUGACCCGGAUGAAGGAGGAUCACACCCGCAUCAUCCUGCCCGCCAUAGACAACAUCAAGUACAACACGUUUGAGGUGCAGCAGUACGCCAACGCCGCCCAUGGCUACAACUGGGGUCUGUGGUGUAUGUACAUCAUCCCUCCGCAGGAGUGGCUGGACAAGGGCGAUGAGACAGCCCCUAUCAGAACUCCAGCUAUGAUCGGCUGCUCCUUUGUGGUUGAUCGGGAAUACUUCGGCGAUAUUGGUCUGCUGGAUCCCGGCAUGGAGGUCUACGGAGGCGAGAACAUCGAGCUCGGCAUGCGGGUGUGGCAGUGUGGAGGGAGUAUGGAAGUCCUGCCAUGUGCCAGAGUGGCCCACAUCGAGCGCACCAAGAAGCCCUACAACAACGACAUAGAUUACUACGCUAAGCGCAACGCCCUGCGGGCCGCCGAGGUGUGGAUGGAUGAGUACAAAUCCCACGUCUACAUGGCCUGGAACAUUCCCAUGAACAACCCCGGGGUUGAUUUCGGGGAUGUCUCGGAGCGAUUGGCCUUAAGGAAGAGGCUGCAGUGUCGGAGUUUCCGCUGGUACCUUGAGCACGUCUACCCAGAGAUGCGGAUCUACAACAACACCAUCACAUACGGCGAGGUGAGGAACAGCAAAGCUAGCGGCUACUGCUUGGACCAGGGCUCUGAGGACGACGACAAAGCCAUCCUCUACCCGUGCCACGGCAUGUCCUCCCAGCUCGCCCGCUAUGCGACUGAGGGGCUUCUCCAGCUAGGACCCCUGGGGUCGACCACCUUCCUGCCUGACACAAAAUGCCUCGUUGAUGACGGCAGAGGACGCACUCCCAGACUGAAAAAAUGUGACAUUGUUUCAAGGACUUCCCAGAGGCUCUGGGACUUUACACAGAACGGUCCAAUCAUCAGCAGGGACACCGGUCGAUGCUUGGAGGUAGAAAUGUCCAAAGAUGCCAACUUUGGCCUUCGGCUGGUGGUCCAGAGAUGCUCCGGUCAGAAGUGGAUGAUACGAAACUGGAUUAAGCAUCCCAGGCACUGAAGCCAGAGAGCGACCUCUGAGACAGUUUGGGCAGAGUUUCAAGAAGCAGUUUGAUCUCAAACUGUGGACAGUUGAGAGAGGAGCAGGGACUUGGUGGUGGUGGUGGUUGUGCCAGUGUGUGGUAUUUCACACUACAGACUGCACAGCACAUUGAGCUCCCCUCAGGCCACACAGCCUUCCAACAUCGAGUCUUAAAGAAGAAUCUGAUCAAUUCAUGUGUUCCAGCAGGCUGAGCGUUCACAGAGACCUUAUGGCGAGCCGCACUGAUUGAAACGGCCCCACAUUUCUGACAUUCAGCUACAUGUAUAGAACAGAGUAACACGAGUGCAGCCCCUGAAGGUGGUUCAAGAUCCUGGAAUUCUUUCGUUUCUACUGUAAAACUUAUCAGAUCUGUGGAGAUGAGAAAGGAGCGUGUGAGCGUCUAGUUUGUCUUUUCUGAGCGCAUCUGAGCAAAUCAAAAGAUAUGAUUGCUGUCAAUUGCCACAUCAAAGUGAUUAUUUUGGGCUGUGAUUUGGAAAAUUGCUUUGGACAUAUUGUGCUGCACUGGCAAGACAUGUAAUAGGCUUCAAAUGGGGCUGCCCAUCAUCUGAUCGGGAGGCGUUUCACCUGCACUCACACAAACCACUACAGUUCUUUGUUUCUUUGGACUGUAUUGCUCACCGAGGACAGGAGCAAUCACGUGCCUUUUUUCUCAUUUUUCUGCUUAAUCUGACCAGGGAAUGUCAGUCCCAAAAGCAUGUACAAAAUUAUUUGAAAAUGAUUAAUAUAUAAAACAAUGUAUAAAACAGUCUAAUGAUAGUAAUAUAUUGUAAAAAGUGAAGAAUUGAUAUCCGUCCUCUGAUAACAAUUAGGAUAAUAAAAUCAUUUUUAUGAUGA